AUGGCAACUUCAUCUUCAUCAUACGUUAAAAGUGAAUCAGCAGGACCAUUUGAUUCUGAUCAUGAAGAAAAUUUAUCAUAUACACUUGAGCAUAAUUUACCAAAUCAAAUAGAUUCAAUACCUCCAUCAUCAUCAUCGAUUUUUAUUGAUGCACCUGUUCUUCCAUCAAAUGAAACACCAUCUGAAUUUUUACAAGGUUUUUCUGCACCGAUCCCACCAGUUUAUAUUAAUAUGAGUAUAAGUAAACAAACAAGUGAUGUUGAUUUUGCUGGACAAAUAACAACAACAGACCCACCUGUAUCACCUUCAUAUACUGAUUAUUCAUUACCUUCAACAACAGUUCAGAGAUAUAGUCAUUAUCAUCAUCGUCCACAUCAUUCACAGAAUCAAAAUCGUUAUCCAUAUGUACCUUAUUAUGAGCGACGAUCUGCUUUUCGACGACUAAGAACGCCAAAUGCCCCCUCAAUGCCAGAACACUUAUUGCCUGGUUAUACACAAGAUACAACAGCAACAUCAACAAAUAAAAAUGGUAGAGAUUAUAACGAAAAUAAAAAAGAAGAAGAUCAACGACCAUCAACAAGCUUUUGGGUUAUUUUACGUUUGAUUUUAUUUGUUCUUGUGAUUGAAUUUAUAGAAGCAAUUGAAACAGCACUUACUGUACCGAUUUUAACUUCACUACAUGUAGACGAAUCGUACUAUUCAAUGGCUUGGCUUAUAAGUCCAAUUCUUGGUUUUUUUUUUCAACCAAUUGUUGGGAUGUGGAGUGAUACAUGUAAAUGUCAAUGGGGAAGACGAAGACCAUUUAUUCUAGCAUUUGCCAUUGGUGCUUAUAUCGGUAUUGCAUUGUUAUUGAAUAGUUCGGAUUUCGAUGCACUUUUCGGUGAUUCAACUAUAUCUGAGAAAAUUCCAAUUAGAGCAGUUGUAUUAACAGCUGUUGGAGUUACUUUAAUUGAUUUUUGUGCGGAUAGUGCUAAUGCACCUAUACGUGCUUAUUUGAUUGAUACAACAAAUCAAUCGGAUCAAGAACGAGGAUUUACUAUACAUGCUAUUCUUGGUUUUGGUGGAGGUUUAGGUUUUAUUGUUGGUACAAUAAAAUGGACACAUAUUUCGAUGUUUAAGAAAGGCGGUGGUGAAUUUAGUGUGAUUUUUUAUAUUGCUACCUUUUUAUUUAUUGUAUGUACAAUAUCAACAUUAACAAGCGUUCGUGAAGAACCACUUAUAGCAUCAUCAUCACGUGAUAAUGGUGAUACAAAUAAUUCAAAUGAUGAUGAUGAACAGUCAGAAAUAGAAACUGAUGAAAAGCGUCCAUUACUUUCACCUCGUCGAAAUAGUUCACGAUUAUAUAAUUCAUCAAAUAAACUAAUUCGUUCAACAGCAAAUAUAUAUUUUCGUGAUUUGAAUAAACAAGAUGGAUUUGUUGAAAUUGAUUCAGCUACAGGUGAACGUAUUCCUCAUGAUCAUGUUGUUGAGAGACCAUGUGAAAAUAUUUUAUUUAAAACGUUCCAAAAUGCUCCUCCAGUUACAGCUGCACGAAUAUCAAAUUCCGAUGCAUUCAAUCCCACUACCAUAGAAACACAAGAAUUCGACGCUGAACUACACCGAAAAGCAAAAUUAGUCAAAUUAGGUUUUAUGCGACGUCCCGCAUCUCAAGACAGUGAUGAUUGUGAUGACAAAGAUAAUGUAACAAUUAAAUCAAUGAUUAUCUCAAUGGUUCGAAUACCUGCUCGAUUAUGGAAGUUAAUGGUAUGUCAGGUGAUUGGUUGGAUUGGUUAUUUUGCUACUCAUUUGUAUUUUACUGACUUUGUGGCUAUAGAAGUAUAUAAUGGUACAAUGAAACAUGGCAGCGAUGAUCCCGGUUUUCUCCGUUAUAAAUUAGGUGUGACAAUGGGUUGUUGGGGUUUAUUUGUAUUUUCAGCUAGUGGUGCCAUUUAUGCUUUCUGUUUGGAACGAUGGUUAGCAAACAGAUUUUCUUUAAAAGCGCUAUAUUUUAUUGGUUAUUUCAUUUAUGUACUUGGUUGUACGGUGAAUUUUUUUUUUCAUCAAGUUACUGUUAAUAUUGCAAUGUGUUUUACUUUUGGAAUAUUAGUUGUAUCAUUAAAUACUCUUCCUUAUCAAAUGCUUUCGCAAUUUCAUGCAGAUAAAACAUAUAGAAAUAGGGAUGGAUCAAAACGUGGCAUCGGUAUUGAUUGUGCAUUAUUGAAUAGUUGUCAUUUUCUUGGUGAAUUGAUAGUGGCUGCUUCCUUAGGUCCAUUACUAGCAAAAACAGGUGUAAAUUACUGUAUGGUAAUAGCUGCUGGAUUUACAUUAAUUGGAAAUAUAUGUAUGUUUUUCUUAUUCUAUUUUAAAAAUUGA